AAUGAGUUCGAGUUUGGCAAAACCGACAAAAUCCCAAGCCACAAAUAAAUUUAAUAUUUCUUAAUUGUUAAUCUAGGGUUUUUAGUUUUACCCCCAUUUGUGUUGUAAUCGGUGUUUUAUUUUCUCCCUUUUCCGGCCAAAAAAAUGGAUUUCGAGUUCGAUGAUAUCGACAGUGGGGCCCUCGACGACCUUUUGGAGAAGAUAAGCAACACGUCACCGACGCGCAAGAAACCUGAGCCCGGCCCUGAACACCUCACAAUUUUGACGAAAUGUUUCGGGCACAAGACUUUCCGACCAAUGCAAUGGGAGAUAAUUUCGGCUAUUAUUGAUAAAAGGGAUGUUUGUGCCAUUAUGAGCACUGGAUAUGGCAAGUCUUUGUGUUUCCAAUACCCAGCGACGUUCCUCAAGGGGGUCACACUUGUAGUCUCACCGUUGAUAGCCCUAAUGCAAGACCAAGUCCUCGCUUUGACUGUUGCAAACAUCCCGGCAUGUCUUUUAGGGACUGCACAAAACGAGCAAAGGAAAGUCAUCGAGGAAAUAUUCCAAAACAAGUACAACAUCAUCUACCUCACCCCUGAGUUCUGUUCAGGCGAAAUGGGGGGCGAGCUUUUGAUGAAAAUGUCACAAGAACUCGAAAUUGUCUUGAUUGCGAUCGACGAGGCCCAUUGUAUCAGCUCCUGGGGGCACGACUUCAGGGCCCAGUACCGUAAUUUGGGGCUCUUGCGUCAGACUUUCCCCCAGCUGCCGAUAAUCGCCGUGACGGCGACUGCAACCCCCCGAGUGCGCGACGACAUCAUCACAAGUCUCAACUUGCGGGACCCCCUUGUUGUUUGCUCGGGUUUUGACCGGCCAAAUCUCUACUUCGAAGUGCACGAAAAAGGGGGCUGUGGCGUUUUUAGAGACUUGACAAGGGCCAUGGUGUGUGAAAAUGGCCAAUGGAGGUUCUCAGGCCCCACGAUUAUUUAUUGCAUCACUCGUAAACAAACCGAAGAUGUUUGCGAAGUGUUAAAAAAUUCUGGUGUUAGUUGUCGGGUGUAUCACGCCGGUUUGUCACAGAAGACCCGUCAGGGGGCCCAUGAGGACUUCGUGCGUGACAAAGUCGACGUGAUUGUGGCCACGAUUGCCUUCGGGAUGGGCAUAGACAAGCCCGAUAUACGAAAUGUGGUCCAUUAUGGGGCCUCGUCGAGUCUUGAGAGUUACUACCAGGAAGUAGGCCGUGCUGGACGUGACGGACUUCCGGCCCGAUGUGUCACGAUUUACAGUUCCGGUGAUUUUCAAAUCCUCCGGAACAUAAAGGAGUUUAGUGGGGGUAAUAGUCGACAUGAAACCGCUUUGAAAAAAAUUGAGGAGUAUUUCACUACUCGCAUGUGUAGGCGGCGCUUUAUUUUGGAGUUUUUUGACGAUAGAGUGGGGGAAGAUAAGCCAAGACGGAAUUGUUGCGACGUGUGUACGAAAAAACUUUAUGACACACGCACCGACCAGGAGAAAUACGAAGGGGUGGACGAUCAAGGCUGUUAUGAUUUUACAUCAGAUGCGAAAAAAUUCCUCAAAACUGUCUCAAUUUUCAGCGGAAAAUUGGGUUUAACCACUUAUAUUCUUUUUUUGAGGGGUUCCCAAUCGGCAAAAUUGAGCGAAAGUAAAAGGAAACACCCAUUGCAUGGGUGUGGAAAGGAGCAGUCGGAGGAGUGGUGGAAAUGCAUAGCGAAAAUUCUCACAACGGGGGGCUAUCUGGACCAAAGAACGGAAAAGUCAAAAGGGUACACCUAUCAGUCCUUAUCACUAACAAACAAAGGACACUCGAUGAUAACCGGAAAUGAGAAAUUAGUAAUUCCGCCACCGUCAACAGUUCUCAAAUUACUGAAACCAAAACCGACUAAAAAAGCGGUUUGGUUAACCACUAGUCCGGUUGAUGUCCCCUCGACCAGCAAACAACCGGAAAAUCCGGAAACGCAGGAGGAAAUCGACGCCCGGAUGUCGCUAUACCGGAAACUGCUCGAUCAGAGGACCGACAUUGCCGCGAAACUGGAUUGCAUGCCCUAUAUGGUGGCCUCCAAUGCGGCCCUAAUGCAAAUGUCAAAAUUCAAACCGAAAACAAUCGCCGAUUUGACACUCCUAAACCUUGAUGGCUUCCCGGAGGCGAAAAUCGCCAAAUUUGGGGCCGCUUUCUUGGGUGUGAUCUCGGGGAAUGUGGGGGCGGAGCCCGAGUGUCGGAGACAAAAAAUUAGGGAGAUUCUAGCCCGGAACCCCUUACCCGACGUGAGCAUGACUCUGACUGCCGAAGUCUCGUGUAAUAUGCUCCAGUCGGGGCUCACUGUGGGCGAAAUCGCGGCGAAAAGGGGGGUCACUGUGGGGACAAUUGUCUCGCAUUUGAUUUCAGGCAUCAAGUUCGGGUUUCCGGUGAAAAUGAGCGAGUUGGGGGUCAGUGAAGAGCAGCGCGAUGUGGUGAUCAACAUCUAUCGGGGGUGUGUCAAGACAGGUUUCACCACUGUUAGGUUAUCGGAAAUGAAGGAGAAGUGCCCCCCGGAGUACACAUUCGACCAAAUAAAGACAGUUUUGGCGUAUUUGCAAGUUAGGUGCCAUUUAGCCUCCCUCAAAGUUGAGUAUGAGGAGUUUGAGGACUUUAAAUUCAGUGAUGUUGAUUUGAGUGAGGAGCCGCCUUUAAAACGAGAAAAGAGAGACUUUGACGUAAUUCUUGAUUCGCCCCCGAGGAACUCCGCCUCUGAGCCUAAAAUCGAGGCAAAGAAGUCGAAAAAAGUGCUCCCGCCGUGGCUCGUGGCCAAAAAACUGUCUUAAAGUCUCACUAGAGUUAAGCGUUAAUCAAUUUUUGUAUUUUGUUAUAAAAUAAAAUAUUUUUGCUAUUA